AUGACUGGUAGGCGCAGCUCUGCGCUUGCGCGGCGCAAAUCUGCGACUCCACACAGCGACGAGGAUGUCGAGAUGGCAAACAAUAGCCCAGAUGGCAUUGAGAGCGACGCGGAGGGGGAAAUGGUGAUUGAUGCGCGUGACGACUUGUACGCAACAAUUGAACGUCUGUCUACGCUCUUGUGCACCAUAUCUGAAGACGGCGAAGAACUUGCAGCAGGCUUUCAGCGCAUUCCGAACCGACGCACCGUUCCGGAUUAUUUUGAAAUUAUAUCUGAUCCAGUGGCUUUCAGUACUGUCAGGGGCAAGAUACAGAAGAAGCAAUACUCAAAUUUGCCGGAAUUUGUGAAAGAUGUGUCGCAAAUCUUUCACAACGCUCAAGUUUAUAAUCGCCCAUCCGCCCCUAUCUUCGGCGCCGCCAUUAAACUACAAGGAAUCUUCAGGCAAGAGCUAGACAAGCUCGUACAAUCCUCGAUAAUUUCCAAAGAAGAAGCCGCCCUGCCUGAUCUCGGGGAACUACCUCCUGUCGAAGAGUCUCCACCCCGCGAUUCUGAAGCUGAGAACUCAGAGGAAGAUGACGACGACGACGACGACGACGAUGACGAUGAAGAAGAGGAAGACGAUGACGACGACGACGAAUAUGGUGCCGGUGUUGGUAGGCGUGGUAGACGUCGGCAGCAACGAAUGCCCAUUAAAGAUCGCGAUGUUGACAUGGACGACGAUUCUCACAGAGCAAGAGGACGCCCUCCAAUGGUCCUUACACCUGUUGAGGCUCGCAUCUCGUCAGUUCUUAAAAGCAUUCGACGGUUAAAGGCAAACAACGGCGCACUGCUGAUUACUCCAUUUGAAAAAUUGCCUGACAGAUCAACGUUGCCAGACUAUUAUCAAACGAUUACGACUCCCAUUGCUCUCGACAACAUCAAAACGAAAGCCAAACGCAAGAAAUACAACAGCGUUGACAAUUUCCUCGAUGAUAUGAAUCUGAUGUUUGAGAAUGCAAAGGCAUACAACGAAGAUCAAAGCGAACUGCAUAAAGCAGCUAUCGAACUACAAAAUGAAACUCAAUCCUUGGCCGAGCAAGAGAAAGCAAAGUCAGAUGACGAGUUUCGUGACGAGGAUGGGAAACUAUCUGUAGAUCAUGUUGAGCACGGUGGAAAUAUCUGGAGAGUUGGCGAUUGGGUCCAUAUUCGCAACCCGAAUGAUCUUGCCAAGCCAACUGUCGGGCAGAUCUUUCGCAUGUGGCAAGAUCGCGAAGGAGAAAAAUUGAUCAAUGCAUGCUGGUACUAUCGGCCGGAACAAACUGUUCAUCGCUUUGAGAAGCAUUUCUUCGAGCACGAGGUUGUCAAAACAGGACAGUACCGUGACCACCUGAUUGGCGAAGUUGUGGAUCGCUGUUUCGUCAUGUUUGUGACCCGAUUCAACAAAGGCCGACCACGUGGCCUUGCUGCUGACAAGCACGUCUACGUGUGUGAGUCCCGAUACAAUGAGGAGAACUUUCGGUUCAACAAGAUCAAAACUUGGGCAAGCUGUGUUCCAGAUGAAGUGAGAGACCGGGAUUACGAAAUGGAUCUUUUCGAUACUCCUCACCCAAUGCGAAAGGUGCCCAGUCCCAUCAAGCAUCUAUUACGUGAGGAUGCGAAGGCGCUGUCCAUCGACGGCCGCCAGAAUCGCAUGUGA